CCUGCGCGUGGGGGGGGGGAGGCGGCCCACGCGCGACGGGACCAGCAGCAUGAGCAGCGGCUACAGCAGCCUGGAGGAGGACGCCGAGGACUUCUUCUUCACCGCCAGGACCUCCUUUUUCAGGAGAGCGCCCCAGGGCAAGCCCCGCGCUGGCCAGCAAGAUGUGGAGAAAGAGAAGGAAACCCACAAUUACCUCAGCAAAGAGGAAAUCAAAGAGAAAGUCCAUAAAUACAACCUGGCUGUCACAGACAAGUUGAAGAUGACCUUGAAUUCAAAUGGGAUUUACACUGGCUUCAUUAAAGUCCAGAUGGAGCUCUGCAGACCCCCUCAGACUUCUGGGAAACUCGCUCCCGGUAGCAAUGGCUGUAUGAACACGCUUCACAUCAGCAGCAUGAACACCGUCGGGGAAGUGAUCGAGGCCCUGCUCAAGAAGUUUCUCGUGACCGAGAGCCCUGCCAAGUUUGCACUUUAUAAGCGUUGUCAUAGGGAAGACCAAGUCUAUGCCUGUAAGCUUUCGGAUCGGGAGCAUCCGCUCUACCUGCGUUUGGUGGCUGGGCCCAGAACAGACACGCUGAGUUUUGUUCUUCGUGAACAUGAAAUUGGAGAGUGGGAAGCCUUCAGCCUUCCAGAGCUACAGAAUUUCUUGCGGAUCUUGGACAAGGAGGAGGACGAGCAGAUGCAGAGCCUGAAGCGGCGCUACGCGGCCUAUCGCCAGCAGCUGGAGGCAGCCCUCAGCGAGGUGCGGACGCCCGGCUAGGCGCCCUCCCCUGCCUCCCGCGGCCGAGAGGCGCGGGACCUGCGUGCGCAGCCCCAGCCGGGGUCUCUCUCGCGGGGGGGACCGUCCUCACGCCCUGUGACGCCGGGGCCUGCCUCCUCGGACCCCGGGCUCUAGUCCCCGCUGCCUUCUGGCCUCGCCCGGCGGGGCUGCUGCCGCCCGUCCAACGGCUCUGCGGGCUCACCUCUCGGCAAGCUGUGAAUCUGUGGUCUCCUCUGGGGCCAUCUAGACGGCUUGGAAGCACGACUCUGGGUUUUGUUUGGUUUAUCUUUCUUCCGUACUUUGUUUUAGUUGAUUAUGUGAUGGUGAAGUUGAGCUGAAGGACGGGCAGAUGAUUUUUUUUAAAGCUUAAUAAGGAGUCUCUCUGAAGACUGCCCUGUAUUGAAACUACCUGUCUGUUUUGUUUUCUGUCUUUAAAUGUCAGAGGAAGCGAUCCGUGGGAAUUCAGAGGCCCCGGAAGCCGGGAGCUCAGAGGCAUUGAAGGGUUUGGUUAGGAGUUGGACUGAGAAGGUGAAGAGCAAGUAUGGAAGAAGGCGCCAGCGGAAGUGGGGAGCUCUGCGGGAACGUGGUUUGGGUGAAGGGUGGGCGGUCAGGGAGAAAGAUGUGUUUGGUUACAGACGGGAAAGCCUUGGGUUUUGAGAUGUUAGGCCCAUCGUGGUGUAGUGCUUGAUGUGCUGGUGAGUAAGACGUGGGAACAGAGCCAAAGCAAGUAGGAGCUAGAGCAGAGGGAGGAGCUGGGAAGUGUGCAGCUGCCCAGAGAAUGAGCGUCCAGCCAGGUGGACCUCGCAGGCCCACAGAGAGGGGGUCCUGUGGUGGGUCGCCCUCUCUGGGGACCCGUCCUGGUGCUCUCUUCUGGGGGUGGGGCGCUUCUGCGGGUGGUGGGGCCACGACCGAGGGCUAGCUCUUGUUACCUUAUGGUCCCGGUCUCCCACCCCAGCUGUUUUCUGAAUGGAAAGGGAGUUUGGAUAGGGGGUGGCUGUUUUCCGGUUAGCUGCGAGAUUUGUCAAGUAGAGAGCUCACUGCAUACUUUUGUGACAAUCACUCCCCUUCUUUCCCUAGUUUCCCUUUUUCCUCCCCUUCCCCCUCUUCCUCCUCUACUUUUCCCUCUUCUCCCCACCUUCUCUUACGAAUUGCAGUCUGUUCUUCCCUAAGGUAGAUUAGGGAUGUGGAUUAUACACCCAGUGCCAUCAGAUCCUCCUUCCAAAAGGAGUACUUGACUGAGGAGGAGGGUGGCCAGAAAGGGAGGACUCCCUCGCUGCUGCCCUGCCACACACCAGCUGACCACACAAGAGGGGUUCUUUCUGGAAAUGCUCUAACGAAAGUGCGUGUUCUACCAACCAAAGAAAGGCGUGCACAAUAGAAGCCUUCCUUAAAGCAGGUUAAAUAACCUCGUUUUUUGCAGCAAUCUGAAAACAGCAAGAAAGCUGUGCUGUGUUCUAAAGGGGCCUUAUAAUCUGUUUUUGUUUUUUGUUUUGUUUUUGUUUUUUAGUCUAGAUACAUUUUGUUUAUAAAUUCCCAAGGAAUUGUCAACACUUUGGUGACACCUAAUGGAUUCUUUUUGAAAUUCCAAGGUGCUUCAUUUCUUUGCCUCUUAAGUGAACUGUGCCUUUUAAAAAUUGCAUUUCUGUUCCCUUCUUGGUGGCACUUCUGACUUUGCAGAGAGCACCCGUCUUGUUGGAGGCAGGUGUCCGCGGUGGUCUGCUGUGCACACACGUUACUGAGACAAUCCUAUCUUCCUAAGCUUUUUAAGGAGAGUUGGGGGGGGGAGUAGAACUAGCUAUAAAAUAUGUAUGGGGCACAUCUUGUUUAAUUUUGCAUGUGACUUCUUUUUAGUGCAUCGAUGAGGUUUUAGUGACAUUGUCAUCCAACACUUUACUGUUCAGGGAACGCCUUCAUGAUUUUUUAUGCUGGUUUUACUGUUCAGACUGUGGCUUGGGUGUGAGUAUACUGUUAUCAACACCUGGUCUUUGAAUUGCCCACCCAGUAAGCUUAUAUUUUGUGAAGCAUUGGUUUUUCAGAUUAAGACACUGUUAGAACCUAAAGUAGUAGCUGAUGGUUAUCUGUGAAUUUUUUUUCUUUCUUUUUUCUUUUUACUUGAAGUAGAUUGUCUAAAACAGGCAUCCUCCUCUCUAGUAUCCAGAACCUCGCUCGUUGUCGUGUGCACUACAAGUUGCAAUUUGGAAAACUUGCUGUAUUGAAAUCGUCAGUACAUAGUUCUUGGAACACUGACGUUUUCUCCCAAACACUGGUUCCUGCAGCAGCAUUUUUCAUGCAUAAAAGAAGAAAAGGCCACUAGGGCCAGAGAUUUUUAAAAAUCACUGUACAAAUUCUUAUGUUAAAUUAAACUAAGCUUUGCUGUAAUACUGUUUUCUCUUCCAACAUGUGAUGGUACCAGAAUGUUGUUAAAAAUGAAGGGGGUAGUAUUGCAGGGGAGCAUUUUAAAUCACAGAAGUAAAAAAGUUAUAAUAUUUAUAAUUUUGAUGAGUUUAUUUUAAUAGGGAAGAUUUUUCUUCCCUGCAGUUGUUUCUGGAAUGGCAAAUUGUUUCCAUUAUUAAAAGUC